CGCCUCAUGUCGUCGGUGCAUACCAUCCGAAGCAAGGUCAACAUUUGUUUCGAUCGAGAACGGUGGAGCACAAUCUGCUCUUACUCGGAUCCUAGCCAGUGCAGAACCAUAUUUAAGAAACGAGGAAAUUUUUACUGCGUACGGACCCAUCUUUUCAUCGUUCACUAUGCUACUGUUGCUUGUGGCCUCCCUUACACUCCUGUCUUCCGCUCAGGCGUCUUCCAAGGUUGCUGGUGCAUGGUAUGCUGGCUGGCAUGCUACUGGUACUAAUGCAUACCCGCCGUCCAAAGUAAAUUGGGACAAGUACAACACGAUGUACUAUUCUUUCGCAACAACCACUUCAUAUGUGAACAGUAUAUCACUAGAAGGGUCAGAUGGCUUGUUGCUUCCUGCCUUCGUGUCAGAAGCGCAUGCACACGGUGUUAAAGCCCAUAUUGCCAUUGGAGGUUGGGGAGGUAGCGUCUACUUUUCUUCCGACGUCGCGACGGCGGAGAAUCGCACUGCAUUCACAAAGACAGUGGUAGACUUUGUUGAAAAAUAUGAUCUAGAUGGUGUCAACUUCGAUUGGGAGUAUCCAAAUCACCAAGGCAUCGGUUGUAAUAUUGUCAACUCCAAUGACACUGCGAACUUUCUCUCCUUCCUCCAAGAACUUCGCGAAGACUGUGUGGGCUCUAAAAUCACCAUCUCGGCAGCAGUGUCUGUGACACCAUUCCGCGAUUCCGAUGGCAAUCCUUCAACUGACGUCUCCGACUUUGCGAAGGUUCUUGACUACAUUGCUAUCAUGGACUAUGAUGUCUGGGGUUCAUGGACCUCUGCUGUUGGUCCUAACGCCCCACUCAAUGAUUCCUGUGCGAAGUCAUCUGAGCAACAAGGCUCAGCUGUUUCAGCAGUGAAGGCCUGGUCCAAAGCAGGCAUGCCCGUCGAUCAGAUCGUCCUGGGUGUUCCAUCCUACGGACAUUCUUAUAGUGUCAAACCCACCGAUGCAUUCGUGUCGGGCACGAAGACACUAGCCUCUUACCCUGCUUUUAAUGCAUCUAAUCAGCCCGUAGGUGAUGCGUGGGAUAACACUGGGAGCGUAGAUGCCUGUGGUAAUUACCAAGGAUCUGGAGGUACCUUUAACUUCUGGGGACUGGUCGACGGUGGCUUCCUCAACUCGGAAGGCACGACUGCCAAAGGUAUCUACUAUCGAUUUGAUUCAUGCAGCCAAACGCCCUACGUUUACAAUGAAACAUCCGAGGUCAUGAUUUCGUAUGACAACGCAGAGUCGUUCACAGCCAAGGGCGAAUACAUCAAAAAUACUGGGCUGCUAGGAUAUGCUAUGUGGCAGGCGGGCGGAGACUACGAUGAUAUCCUCACCGAUGCCAUCAAUAGUGCCAUGUAAACUCGUCCACUGUAUUGCAUAAUUCAUACACCCUGUAUGCCCACAUCGUAGAUCACCCUCUUGUCGUCGUCUUCUUCAAGUUCCGUCCUGCCGUAGUUACCUUAUACAGCUUCUAUUGUGGGGCCAAAAUACCCCACCUUGUGAAGUUCCGCGUCCUAAGAACCCGCGGCAGUCUAAGGUUGAAUGAUUUAGUUUUAGCAUUCUGCGGACAUGAUGAAUUUCGUUACCGAUCACAACGGGAUUCCUGCAAAGGUCAGGCCGCAAAAAAAUACUUCCAUGGUUGGGUAGCUGGUGAGGGUCGAAGACGGGGCUAUCCGAGCGCGGUGUCGACGGGACCGUGUAAUGACCGGGA